AUGGAGAAGCAGACUCUCUUUGCGUCCAAGUCCCUAAUCUUUUUGGUUGGGGCGUCCCGAGGCUACGGUCGCGCGCUGGCGGUGGAAGCUGCGAAGAAAUGGAAGUCUGUCCACGCGGACGCGCAGCUCAGACUCGUCUUCGUUGGCCGCGAUGAAUCGGGCAUGAAGGAGACGGGUGAGGCGGCGAAGAAGGAGUUGGAAAGCCUCUCCUACGCGAUUCACACACUGGACGUGGCGGCCGUGGAUGAUGCGUUUGACAAGCUAACCGACCUCAUCUUCGCUUCAGAGGAUCUCCCAGCGUUUGACGCGGUGUACUUGCUGCACAAUGCAGGGUGGGUGCGCCCGACGUGUUACCUGAUGAAUGCCUCAGGCGAGGAAAUUCGGCGCUCUGUCGACUUGAAUUUGACAUCUUUUUCGAUUCUUACCUCGCGCUUUCUGCGUCGCCUCGUCGAGUCUCUUCCGCAAGCUGCAGAAGCAUCCGCCGAGACGCAGCGAACUGUGCGCAUCAUCCAGGUCUCUUCGCUCGCCUCCAUCGAGCCAUUCGCCUCGCUGCCCAUGUACUGCACUGUCAAGGCGGCGCGGGACAUGCUCCUGCGCGCCGUUGCGGCUGAGAUGGAAGUCUGUGACAAGGCGAAAACCUGGGAUUUUAAAACGCUGAACUGGGCUCCAGGGCAAAUGGUCACCGACAUGCAGCGGGAAGUGCAGGAAUGCGAGGAUGCGAACAUCCGCCGAAUGGCACGCGACGCCUCCUACAACGUGGAUUUAGGCGUCAGCGCAUGUCUCAUGUGGCAGCUCGUCGCGGAAGACGCGUACCAGUCUGGCAGCCACGUCGACGUCACAGAGCGUCGCUGA